AUGUUACGGAUAGUUGUUUUCGCGUGUAUUCUUCAAAAUAUCGUUGCUAUAAUAGUGACUGAUUCACCACCGACAAGUACCGAGUAUAAUUAUUGGUAUAACAUCAUAGAUCCUUCUACUGGUGAUACUAAAAGUGCUCAAGAGAUCCGGCAAGGUGAUAUGGUGAAAGGAAGUUACUCAGUGGUAGAUCCUGAUGGAACUAAACGUACAGUUGACUACACGGCUGGUGGAAAACUCGGUUUUAAAGCCGUCAUAAGGAAUGAGCCGACGAAUAAUCAUUUGUCUAAACGUAAUUACAAUAUUCCCGCUAGAGGUUACUUAUAUCCAGUGCCAGUGAAUUCUAAAGCUCCGAUGCUCUCAACUAGCAAUUUCAUUAAAUACACAGAUUAUUUCACACCAGGAAACGAUACUCCGACCGAAAAAAACAGUUUCAAUAAUGGUGAACUUUUCAUACCUAAUUACAUGAACUGA